CUUCAGUGACGUGAUGCUUUCGACGAUUCGACGACUACCGAGUUGCGCAGCAUCGUGGAUAUCCAUUUGUCGUUUAAGCACUUCAUCUGUCAAUAAUGCCGAAACGUUCUACCGUAAAGAUCUGCAAAUCAGACAAGCCUCGCCGGGACAACGGAAGCCAAUACCAAAAAAGGAUGAGCCGCUUGGGUUUGGGGCGAUAUUCGCAGAUCAUAUGCUGGAGAUAGAUUAUGAAGGUGGUAAAUGGGCAAAGCCUGUCAUACAUCCAUACUGCAACCUUUCAAUAGAUCCUGCAGCCAUGGUAUUACACUAUGCUUAUGAGCUGUUCGAAGGACUAAAAGCGUACCGUGGUGUUGACAAUCGAAUUCGCAUGUUUCGGCCAGAGCUAAACAUGGCAAGGAUGCGAAGAUCUGCCGAAAGAAGCACUCUUCCAGACUUUGAUGGAAACGAGCUCUUGGAAUGCAUAAAAGAACUCAUACGUAUCGAUAAGGAAUGGGUUCCACGACGGAAGGGAGCUUCGCUCUACAUUCGACCAACAAUGAUCGCUACUGACACUGUAUUAGGUCUGCAUGUUUCCCCCACAGCGAAACUAUUCGUCAUCAUUGGUCCAGCCGGGGCGUAUUUUGACACAUUUGAUCCAGUUACUCUACUAGCCGAUCCAAGGUACAUCCGAGCGGCCAAAGGGGGUGUAGGAGCAUUCAAAAUGGGAUGUAAUUACGCUCCUACGCUCAUGCUCGGCGGUUUAGCAAAGGAAAAAGGAUGUCAUCAAGUAUUGUGGCUUGCCGGACCAGAGCAUUACGUCACCGAAGUUGGAGCUAUGAAUUUCUUCAUGUUCUGGAAAAAUGAGCAAGGCGAGGACGAACUGAUCACUGCCUCUCUUGAGUCAGGUAUAAUUUUACCUGGAGUGACACGCCAGUCAAUAUUGGAACUUGCAAGAGAGAUGGGUGGCUUCAAAGUGACGGAGCGCGAUUUCACUAUAGACGAAGUACGAAAAGCUGUGAAGGAGAACAGAGUGUAUGAGAUGUUUGGUACUGGGACAGCCGCAGUUGUGACACCAGUCGAUAAGAUUAUCUAUCAAGCUGACGGGGUGGAAGAGACGUUGAAUGUUCCCGCAAAGGACGAUGAAAAGUCGCUGAUGCAAAGACUUUUCAAGACAAUUACGGACAUACAAUUUGGACGGGCAACACGUUCAGGCUGGACGGUCGACGUUUGUUAAACACAAUGAGCAGAUUACAGUAUCUGUACGCACGAUAUUCAACUGAUAUAAUUAGAGUGAGACUAUUGGUAUUUUAGUGUCAAUUUGAUGAUGCAAAUGAGUUGCCUUGUACUUUAGUAUAGGAACAUUGUCCUUGCCUCAGUCCCUACCAACAGUUCGUGCUAUAAGUGAGAUAGUUGCCUAACUAGAAAUUUGCCUAAAUCUACUGCUAUACCUCACUUGUAACCGAUACAGACUGGUUCCCGGAGCGAGAGAAACAAAUAUGGUCAUUACACGCGGAGUCCGGACUAAUGCCCCUCAUAGAGUAAGGCUAGCAUGUGAAAGGAAAAGUAUUUUGCGAAGGCGGCGCCAAGUAGAGAAAUGUGAUUCUAUGAUACGCGACGUCUCCACGGAAUACCGUUGCUUUCGCGCUGCAGCGGCGCCUACCAACGGUCUUCUUGAUUCCAACCUUAAAGCAAAACAAUACACUAAACAUCGCGCAUUCGGCAUUUGACGUCGCGUACGCAGCAUUCAACGCGACUCUACAAGUAUCGUCGAAUCAUGACGCGCAAAGACUGGGCGCCGUUGCGUCCGACGAAGAUAGUUUGUGCAUAGGAGAGACAGUAGACGGUAAGGGGAACGAAAUAGCGCCCGAUCAUGGAGACGCCGAGAUGUCCGCAGUCUCUGCGUGCCAUGAAUCGCCUAUAGCUUAGUCGUCGUAGGCUGUUCAACAUAGCGCC